AUGUCUGCUCAACUGAACCUCUCGUUCAUUCUAAUAGGCUCCUACCUAACCGUCGGCAUCUUCGCGCUCGAAACCGCCAUGCUCACAAGCUACCUCCACUGCAAGCGCACCAAAUCCGAUCCCCGCUACAUCAAGUACGCCGUCCUGUUCGUGUAUACGAUAGACGUCGUCGGUUUGGUUGGCGGGUGUGCCUUGGUCUACGUUUAUACGUUUAGUAAUUGGGGCGAUGCGACGAGUGAAGACGGUGUCUUACAUUGGCCCUUCCCCAUCACGGCCAUCACCACAGCUCUCAACGCCAUCGUGGUGCAGUGUUUCAUGAUAGGGCGGUACUGGAAAUUCUCGCGCAUGAAGAUCAUCACCGCCAUCCUUCUCGCACUAGCGUUCUCCUCUCUCUUCGCGACUAUAAGCGCCCUCGUCCUCUCCUUUGUAUACAAGCGCCUCGACCAGAGCACGAAACAUAUCGCUGCUGUGCUGUACGUCCACCUUCUACCGUCUGCCGUCUACCUUCUACCGUCUAUCGUCCACCGUCUACCAUCCGUCGUCCAAGCCACGGUCACGGUAGUCCCAAAUCCCAAUCCCCAAACUGACCUGUUGUUCUCGAUUAUCGAUAGGGUGAGCAUGAUACUCGCCGUCGCCACCGACAUCUCCAUCGCCGGAUGCCUCAUCCACAAGCUUUGGAAUGCGCGGAUUCACUCACGCGAGACGAGGAGCUUGGUCAAACGAAUAACGACGCUGGCCAUAACCGCGGGCUGCGCCCCGGCUGUCAACUCUAUCGCGGUCCUGAUCGGAAUCGCUGCGUUUCCCGACUCACUCAUAUCAACAAGCUUCUCCCUCCCCCUGGGCAGCAUCUACGCCUGCACGAUGAUUUACACGCUCAACCGUCGACAAGCCAUACGCGGGCAUGGGCAUGGGGACUCUGGGACUGUUCAGGAGCCGGUUUUUGAAGACACAACCUCCCCCCGCAACCGCCGCCGAUCUACUACGACGACGUUCGAGAGUAUGACCUUCUCUCCCUCUCCACAGUCGCGAGUCUCGUCGCACGCAGACGCGGACGCAGGAAGCGCGCUGGUCGAUAUGCGUGCUGGGCUUGGCGAUACCCGCGCUGGGCCGGGUCCUAGAUCGUACAGCAACUCAACGAGUUCGAGUAGGACGCUCGCUUUGCAUCAUCAUGGUGGAGAUCUAGAGGACGGUGGUGGGCGUGUUUCGCCCCGUUCGUUCGAGGGGAAGCCGUCCAUAGCUAAACUGUCGUCAGCUAAACCAUCGUCACCAGCUAAACCAUCGUCACCAGCUAAACCAUCGUCACCAGCUAAACCAUCGUCAUCGAUAUCAUCUCAUUGGGAGGGACAUUCUGGUGGGGAGGGACAUGACGGAUACCCCGAGAAACCGCCUGCUACGUUUAAGUUUCCCCGUUCGAAGUCGAGUUAG